AUGGAGGCUUCCUCACCACUCGCGGCGCUGCACCGCCCUAUGCCUGCCCCGAGCUGGGGCGGCAGGGACAUCUUCCGCAGUCACCACCACCACUCCUUCGUAGGACCGGUGGCCUCGGCCGCCUUGAGCCUGCGCGAGCAGCUGCAGAGAGGCACCUCCGACUACUUUAGCUCCAACGAGCCUCGCGGAUCCUCGCCCGCCGCCAGCUUGGCCGCCGACCUCUCCCAGAACUUUCGUCUCGACAGCGAAGCUAGCCCUCACUUUCCAACUCCUCGCCGUGCACUCUUCACCGCCAAUGUCAUGGGUGGCUUCGAAAACAGAGACUAUGUCACCACCCCUCCGCUUCCCUCGUCCUCGCCGGCUCAGUUGACCGAAUACAUGGAGCUCUCGCCGCUUCCGCACAAGACACCCUUCUUUCUGCAAUCUGAGGCAGCUUCUCCCACGCCCAAUACCUUGCCUGGUGACGAGGCUAUGAUGCUCGACUCCCCGGCUCCCAUAUCGCGCCCGCCGCUGGACUUUCCCAAGCUACCGUCAUUUGCGGACCGUAGAAUCGCUGCUCCACGCCGUCCAUCCUUAAGCCGAAUGAGAGGUCACAACUCCUCGUCGUCCGGCACCGGCAGCAGUUUCAAGGCUGACGCUGAUGGUCAACUUCCGCCAUUUCGUUUUGGUGGCGAUUCGGCCUCUCGAACGAGCUCCAACCUCUCUCUCGGAGAGUGCUUCCAGUCCGAGUCGCCUACUCAAGAUUCGAGACCGUCUUCGUCCAAUAGCCCCUGUGCUCCCAUCCCUAUUGGCCUCCGUUCCCGCACACAACUCGUCACUUCCAACAGCAGCAGCCCUCGCCUCGGGUCACCCAUCGCUCACUGCAGACGGUCUUCCAACCCGUUCUUGCGAGCCCGCAAGCAGGUUCGUCGCUCCCUGAGUAUGUUUGAGCAUCCCGGCGAGGUCAUGAAUGCCAAGCCGCAGACCCACGAGUUGAUCUCAACGCCACUCAAGUCUGUCAUGGACAUUGAGGAAGCUCACGAAGCCGUCGUGCCUCACUUCCUCUCAGAUGACCCCACCGAUACCAUCCCACGCAUCACCCAAGACACCAUGCUGGAGAUUCUCGACGGCAAGUACAAUGAUAAGUUUGAUCACAAAAUGGUCAUUGACUGCCGCUUCGAGUAUGAGUAUGACGGUGGCCACAUUGAGGGUGCCGUCAACCACAACGACAAGGAGCUUCUCACCUCGCAACUCUUCAAGACUCCCAUUGGCGGGAGAUCCUUGCUCAUCUUUCACUGUGAAUACUCUGCUCACCGUGCUCCUCUAAUGGCUAGACAUGUUCGUGCUGAGGACCGUACCGUGAAUGCUGAAUUCUACCCUCGCUUGACUUAUCCUGAGGUGUACAUUCUCGACGGAGGGUACAGUGGCUUUUUUGCCAACUUCCGUGGCAGAUGCUUCCCCCCGGAAUACGUGGAAAUGUCGGACGAGAAGCACCAACGCACCUGUGAGCGCGAGAUGGGCAGACUUAGGGCCCGAAAGGGCGGUCUCAGCCGCGCGCAGACUUUUGCGUUUGGCCAGAGGGAUGCGGGUGUUAAUGACUCCCCCACUGCACCUGGUCGACCGCCAUCACGGCAAUUCCCCAUCAUGGGCAGCUUUUCCCCCAUUCCCGAGCGAUCACAUACUCGGCGCAUGGCUUCCUACUAA